CCGGCAACUGCCCAGGUGUCGAGCGCCUCCUGCCGAGCUUUUAAGCGCAGGAGGUGGGAGAGGCUGGAGGCGCGGGGCUUGGGCAGGGGCGCAGGGCGCAGGCGCGCGGCGAGGAGCGCUCGCGGGGGCGCACGCGGCAGCCGGGCGGGAGGAGCAACGCGCGGCGCGCACCAUGGGCUGCGGAGUUUCCCAGCCCACGGAAGAACAGAGACGCGUGCCCGCUCCCAAGAAGGGCUGGGAAGAGGGAUUCAAGGCUGAUGUCGGUGUGGCUCACUCCCGGGAGAAUUGCAGACCCCACAUUGAAGCUGAGCUGCCCACGGGUACUGUGGGCAGCCCCAGAGGCCUGGAAAAGCAGGCCCCGUUGGGAAGCUUACCUGGAACCGUUCCAGAAAGUUCCCCAUCUCCUAGUGAAAGAAACGGAAGAAUAAAUUCAGACCUAGUGAUCAGUGGAUUAACGCAUAAACCCCAACCUUUAGAGAAUCGAGAGCGGCAGACAUCAUCAGCCAUCCUGGAGGAAUUAAUUGUUCAAGGAAUAAUACAAAGCCACAGCAAAGUCUUUAGAAAUGGAGAAUCAUAUGACGUCAUGGUAAACACUACUGAGAAGCCACUGAAAAAACCACCGGCCAGGCUGAAAAAACUUAAGGUCAAAAAGGAAGUAAAAGAUUUCACGAUGAAGGAUGUGGAAGCGAAGAUGCAGGCGGCCGAGGAGCGCAGGAAGACUAAAGAAGAAGAAAUAAGAAAAAGGCUACGGAGUGACCGGCUUCUGACCCCAGCCCAUCACUCAGACUCAGCUGAUCCGUGUCGGGAGGAGGCUCCAUUUGCCAAAGGACUUGACACUAUGAGCUCUGCCGUCUGGAACCCGUCUGACCUGCGGGAAGAAAAGCUGUUGACAAGGAAGAGGAGUGAAAGUGACGUGAACUCCGAUGAUAGAAACCAGAGUUACGAAGGUAUUGGGGUCGUGGAGUCAGACAUGUCCUACAACCAAGCAGAUGACGUAUUCUAAAAAGCUGUUUUCUGUCGAUUUCAUCCAAAGGCAUCCAGUUCUCCCCAGGGGUGACAUUCUUAGUGUGUCUCGUGUCUUCUUUACCUGCCUGCCCCCCGCCCACAGGGGUGGUGCCUUGGGCUUGGCAAUGACUGCGUGAGCUGCCGGGGCUGGUGCUUAGCUGAAUGAAUGGAAUGGCUUUAAAGAAAACAAGGAUUUGACUAGCUUCGGUAGUAUAAAGUUCUUCCUCUUCGCUGUAGCUUCAAACACUGCGAAGAUCUCUUUAAUUUAUGAGCACCUUGCAGCUUCCAUUAAUGUAUUUGUGCCAAAUGAAAUCCUUCUUUGGGGUUCCUGCCCCUUGGCUGUGUCGGUCCACUGAGUGUCCUUUAAGACAAAUUGUAGGGGUUUGUGUUAAGGAUUUUAAUGAUCCAUAUGUAUGCUUCUUAUGCUGUAUGUUCAGAUGGUUGUUUUGUUGUUGUUGUUGUUUUUUAGGGCCACAC